AGUGGAGCAAUGCGAGCAGUCACUGUGGAAAUGCAGCAGAAUAGAGUCGUGAUGAUUUUGUCUAUAAAGGUGGAUGUAUUGAUGCGCGGACAGUAACAGAUGUCAUGUCUUAUCUCAGGUGCUCAGAAGCGGUGCUUUUACUCUUCACGUUUGUGCAACUCACUGCAGCCUUAAAGUGUGUGUGUCACUUGUGUGUAAACCACACCUGUGAGACGGAGGCAGAAGGAGCAUGUUGGAACUCAGUAAUGCUCAUAAAUGGGAAGGAGGAGGCAGUGAAGUCUUGCCUGUCCCCAUCAGAGCUCAAGGGUCAGGUGUUCUGCUACAGCUCCCGAAACGUCUCCAAACGCAACUGCUGCUUUACAGACUUCUGCAACAAUGAGACGCUGCACCUCAGUCCAGAGCCACCGCCUGAGGGGUCUGGGUGGAGUCAGCUGGAACUAGCAGCCAUAAUUCUUGUGUCAUCGUGCCUGGUGUGUGUAGGUGUCAUUCUGGGAAUGUGUGCCGUACAAAACCUGUGGUGCAACCUCAUCAAAGCCCACAAACAGGAUCCAGAGGAACCCCUGGAUGACCAGACUCUGGUGUCAACUGACAAAUGCCUAAAAGAGCUCAUCUAUGACAUGAACACCUCUGGCUCUGGAUCAGGAUUGCCCCUAUUGGUCCAGAGAACAAUUGCUCGAACUAUUGUCCUCCAAGAGAGUAUUGGGAAGGGGCGCUUUGGGGAAGUGUGGAGGGGCAAAUGGAGUGGGGAGGACGUCGCUGUGAAGAUCUUCUCUUCACGAGAUGAGCGUUCCUGGUUUCGUGAGGCUGAGAUUUAUCAGACCAUCAUGCUACGCCAUGAGAAUAUUCUGGGGUUUAUCGCUGCUGAUAACAAAGAUAAUGGCUCAUGGACACAACUGUGGCUGGUGUCUGAGUAUCAUGAGCACGGGUCUCUCUUUGAUUACCUGAACAGAUACACAGUAUCAGUGGAGGGGAUGAUAGUUUUGGCAUUGUCCAUUGCCAGCGGCAUUGCCCACCUGCACAUGGAGAUUAUUGGCACUCAAGGGAAGCCUGCCAUUGCUCACAGAGACAUAAAGUCAAAGAACAUCCUGGUUAAGAAGAAUGGAACGGCUGUGAUUGCUGAUCUUGGUCUGGCUGUCAAACAUGACUCAAACACCAACACUAUUGACAUCCCCAUUAACCACAGAGUGGGCACCAAGAGGUACAUGGCUCCCGAGAUUCUGGAUGAUUCCAUAAACAUGAGCAGCUUUGAGUCAUUUAAGCGUGCUGAUAUUUAUUCAAUGGGCCUGGUGUUCUGGGAACUUGCUCGCAGAUGCUCCAUCCAAGGGAUUUAUGAAGAUUUCCAGUUGCCUUAUUAUGAGCAGGUGCAAUCAGACCCAUCAGUGGAUGAUAUGAGGAAGGUGGUGUGUGAACAGAAACUCCGACCCAGCAUUCCCAACCAAUGGCAGAGCUGUGAGGCGCUGAGGGUAAUGGGAAAGAUCAUGCGGGAGUGCUGGUACGCCAAUCCAGCUGCUCGGCUAACAGCACUACGUGUCAAGAAAACUGUAUCCCAGGUAACUGUGGUCAAGGACGUUAAAGAGUAACACAGCAGCUUGGUGCCCCUCUCAUCUCUGUCUGUCAGUGUUAUUGGGACAUUUCAGAUGCUCAGCUGAGAUGCCAAAGAUUCCAAGAGUUUAAGAGGGAAAUAUUAUCUUGUGUUGACACCUGAUCGUUUGAAUAAUUAAUGAAAGAGAGUGUAUUUUUGUUUCUUAGUCAAUAGAUGGCGAUAGAGUACUGAUAUACUGCUACCUCAACUGAUCUUGUAAGUGCCAAAUGCUUUGAGUUGCACGUUAUGCUUUGUGCCAUUAAUGUUUUGUUUGCUGUAACUUACAAAUAUACAGUGUUUCAAAAAAUUAUUUUGAAAAGUAAUUCAAAAUGUCUCCACACACACACACACACACACACACACACACACAGGACCAACAUAUAUAUAUAUAUAUAUAUAUAUAUAGUUUUUUUUUUCAAGACCAAGUGUUGACGUCUGACAGCGUAAUGUGGUCGGUAAAAUAAGCUUGUUUUUUAGCCAAGCUUUGUGCAGAUUGUGGUUUCCUGGCACAAUUUUUUUCUACUGUUUUAAACAGCUCACAUCACUUUUGAUUGUACUGUGUACCUGCAGAAACCUGAAGGAUGAUUUCCUGUAAGCCCUGUAAUUUCUGAAUGUAAAGAGAAUGGUUUGCGUUUUGUGCAUGUGCAGAUGUCUGGUUCAAACCCUGAUGUCUGAAGAGGGGAAAAAAACUAUGUAACUGAUCAUCCAAAGCCAGAUUCUUCAUCUAGAGCAGGGGUCUCCAACCUUUUAUACACAAGAAAAUAUUCUUGUGUACUAGCUGGGCAUCAGUGGGCUGUUUGAGGUGUGAUCAAAACAAUCAUUAAUUAUUCUUUUUAACUUUUAAUUGACAUGAAAUCAACAAAAUUAUGAUUUAUCAAGCUAUUUAUGUGGUUGAUCAUUUUAACAACUUCAUUCAGCACAGAGUGAAGUUCCUUUUACGCCUGUAUAGCCUGGUGUGUAGAUUAAAAUUCAGGUGCAAAUUCUGAAAAAACUGACUCGAGUAGUGAGACCAGACAGCUGUCCAUUCAUGCUGCUCUGUCUUUACAUAUUCCAAUUCAAAAUGAUCAAAUUUGCCUGAUAUGUAGUCAUUCAGAGACUUGAAAAUCUCUGCCCCAGUUGUACUAGAUUGAACGCACCCACAUCCUCAUGCACAUUGGCUUGAAAUAUAUAUUGCACAUAAACCAGUAGUAUUUCCUUGUUGUCAACAUUGGUUAAUCUGUCGAGCUGCAGCGCAUACCACAGUGGCUCGUUUAGCCUGUCUAACAAUCUAAAUAAAUUUAGAUAGUGGCACUUAUUCAGUAAAUUAUAUAGAAACGUCUUGCUGCAUAGACAUUUUUCCCAGAUUGUUCAUGUGACCAAGUAGCAACUCCAUGGUGCGUUAAUGGGUUGCAGCCUCGGGGUUGGGGACCUCUGAUCUAGAGAACUUCUGAAUGCCAAUGUGAAAUAUAUGACUGUGAAGAAAGUGUAAAUUUUAUACUGUUAAUACUCAAGUAGAAGUUGUACUUUAUUGCACUAUACAAAUGCUCCAAGCUGCUGAAGAAUAGUAAUCAACAGACUUUUAGCUUAUAGAUUUUAACUGACAGAACAGCCCAGCAUAUCUGAAACCAAACAUAAAAUGUUGUGUAUAUAAAUAGUCAUGGGAGUGUAUUGGAGCAUUGUCAUUUCUUAAAGUUUAUAACUGCAUAAUUACUUGUCUGCUAAAUAUUGUGCUUUAAGUGUGUGUGGUUGAACACUUCAUGUCUUUGUGAUGUAAGGCUGUUCACUAGGGAUUUCUCUGUUAGCACUCCUGAGAUGUGUGUUUGUGUAUCUGACUGUGUGUGAUAAAUAUGCCUUGUGAGGUUCUUGUGCAUACAGAGUUCUACUUUUUUGUACAGCUGUAAUCCGGAGCAUUAUUUUCUGUAAAUUAUAUCACUUCAAAUGUCUGAUUUAUGUUAAAACUGCCUCUGUUGAUGUGACACUAACAAAACUUGUAUUU